AUGAGUCACAAUCCAGAGCAAUCGGAGUUGGAGUUAGAUGCUCUAACAAGUGAAAAUCAAUUAGAAACCUUAGUUGAAGUAUCUGAUAAUAAGUCACAACUCAGAGAAAUUGCAGGUGGAGGAUCAAAUGAUGAAAAUGAAUGGGAACAACUUCUUAAUUUUAUUACUUCAUUGGGUGAAGACGCGGAUUCAAGAAACGGGACUCCAUUUUACAAACCCUCCGCGACAGAGAGGAAAUCAACACUGAAAAAACAUCCUUCAGAAGUUCCAGGAUCGUCGUGCCUAAGAGAGAUGGAGUCAUCGCAUUCUUGCACUAGUGCAAAAAAGGGCUCCUACGUCACCCAAUUGUCGUCGCAU